GGAAUUAGAGGGGAUAGAGCAACCAAAAGAGGAAGCAGGGCAUUCUGCUUCAGUCUCUGUGCCUGUCUCUAUCCACUCGUCCAUCCGGAGGGGAAGCCGGCAAAAUUUCUUACCUUGAGGACCUUGACCGGGAAGCGUCAGACGACGAGAUGGGUAGCGGAGCGAGCGCAGAGGAUAAGGAAAUGGCCAAGAAAUCCAAAGAGCUGGAAAAGCAGCUCCAGGAAGAUGCUGAUAAAGAAGCAAAAACGGUCAAACUUCUGCUGCUGGGUGCUGGAGAGUCAGGGAAGAGCACCAUUGUAAAACAGAUGAAAAUUCUCCAUCAAGGCGGUUACACGAAAGAAGAACAAAUGGAGUUUCGAUCUAUUAUUUUUGGCAACAUCCUGCAAUCUGCUAUGGCCAUCAUCAGAGGCAUGGAGAUGCUGGACAUCAACUUUGGGUCACCAGCAGCACAGGAGGAUGGUCAGAAGCUCCAGAACCUGGCUGACUCCAUCGAGGAGGGCAGCAUGCCUCCAGAGCUGGCAGACGUCAUCAAGAGGUUAUGGAAGGAUUCAGGUGUGCAGGCCUCGUUUGAGAGAGCUGCUGAGUACCAGCUGAACGACUCUGCUGGAUACUACUUGAGUGAAAUGGACAGAAUCUGCAAACCUGACUACCUCCCCACCGAGCAGGAUGUGCUGAGAUCUCGAGUCAAGACUACUGGUAUUAUUGAGGAACAGUUCUCCUGCAAAGAGCUCCACUUCAGGAUGUUUGAUGUGGGUGGCCAGAGGUCUGAGAGGAAGAAGUGGAUUCAUUGUUUCGAAGGUGUGACUUGCAUCAUCUUCUGUGGAGCCCUGAGUGCUUACGAUAUGGUGCUGGUAGAAGAUGAUGAAGUGAACCGCAUGCAUGAGAGUCUCCAUCUCUUCAACAGUAUCUGCAACCACAGGUUCUUCGCCACAACUUCCAUUGUGCUUUUCCUCAACAAGAAAGAUCUCUUCCAGGAGAAGAUCAAGAAAGUCCACCUGAGCAUCUGUUUCCCUGAAUAUGAUGGUCCAAACACAUAUGAAGACGCCAGCAACUAUAUCAAAGCUCAAUUUCAAGAUCUGAACAUGAAGAAGGGAGUAAAAGAGAUCUAUGCUCACAUGACCUGUGCCACAGACACAAAGAACGUCGAGAUUGUGUUUAACGCUGUGACAGACAUCAUCAUCAAAGAAAACCUUAAGGACUGCGGUCUGUUCUAAACACCGUCUUUUUCAAAGAUCUUUCUGCCCCAUCCCCACCUGCAUGAUUGGACCUACUCUGGUGAAGUUGUCACAGUAACAAAAGAACAUCCACAGGUGGCAUGAAGGUGAACUCUACAGUAAGCAGUCAAGUGUGGUCAGCAGAUCCCCGGCCAAAGAACAACAACCUGACCGAACCUCAGAGACUAGAUCCAGAUUAGACUAAUGGCCUCUGCUCUCCAAAGGGACUCUAAAAACAUUUCCUGUCAAACUGCUAGUAGUCAAUGAGAGAAGGAUUACCAAAGAAAGGGGACUUUUGAUGCUACGAGUUAUUGAUGCUUGUACAGAAGCUUCCUCUCAAUGUGUUUUAAUGUUAAACCUUUAGAGGUUUGACUGGUAGAUGUUUUUCCAUUCAUUUCCUGAAAAAGAAAAGUUAAUUUAAUGCAAUUAAAUGUUGCUUUAUUAAAGAAACUAAAGUGGGAUCCCAUCAGAUCCCAUGGUAACAAUUAGAAACAUCUGUAUAUGUACAGCAUCUGUUCUCGAGAGUGUAAAAACUUGCAUAUCAGCAAGACGUGAUUGUUUGAAUUCAGCCAGCUAACACAAUAUAUGAAAGAUGUUUCUUUUUCAGCCCCAAACACAGUAGGGCAGUAUGUUUUGUAAAUAACAGUAGGAAAAAAUCUGUUUAAAAAAAAAAGAUUCUAUAUAAAAUAUAUAUGGCGACAUAAAUCUAUUUAUUUAUGAUACAGUGUUACAGUAACAAGUGAAAAUUCUAGAAUGGCCUGUUGCUUUGUUUAAAGCCUGAGGUCUGAAUUUGUGGAGAUGUCCUGGAAUGUAAAUGUAGGCAGAUGAAAUAAAGACUUGCAUCAAUUCCACUGGUUGCUGGUGUUGAAUUAAUAUUAUGUUAACUGCAAAUGGUUGGCCAUUAGCUCUACUGCAAUUGUGCACUUUCACAAAAUACUGACCUUAAAUUGUUUUAACUGGGAUUUUCAAACACUGGCCCUUUCUGUCAGAGCUAAUUUUGAAUGAACCACAGUACAACACACUUUUUGCUAAGCGUAUUAUAUAAUAAAAAUAAAAAAGAGGUGUCUAAUGAUAGCUUAAAUGAGUAGUAAAGAUAUCUAACCAACGUGAGACUAAACAUAUAUACAACAUUUAUAACCACAGGCACAAUCAGAGAAACAACUGGAAUAGAAGGAAAUAAGAGCCAAAGAUGGCAAUUGCACAUUUGAAGUAUUAGAUACACAGUGUCAUUAAAACAAGAAAAAUAUUUGUAAAAAUAAAAGCAGAUUAUUUUCAACUCAUGUGUUGUAAUUAAUUUGUGAUCCUGAUUAUGUAUUUGCUACUGUAUAUGUUUCCUUAAACAAAGGUCAAUUGAUUAUAUAUGUAUUUUCUCAAAACUACAGAAACAUUGUACUAUGGAGAGUUAUACAUGAUCAGAAAAGACAAAAAAUAAAAAAACUCAAUAGAAGGGUGUUUGUAAAACUAAACAAACCACAUUAUUAGAAUAUUAGUGAUUCAGUGCUAUAAUGUUAGUUGUUCACUUGCACUUUCAUGUUUAAAAUACAUGAAACAGUUAAAUCAAAUAAAAGCACAGGUAUAUAGAAAAUAAAUCACAAAUUGUUGCAUUAAUCCAGACUGAGAACAUGAAUGUUCCAGCACUGGAAUAUUAUACUUUUUACACAGUAUAUGGAUAUUGUCUGUUUUGCACAUGCUGGCAACUCUGGCUGUUUAGCAUGUUCUGGGAGCAAGAUAUUAUGGACAGUGAACUUGAUGUCAACCCUUUUCAUAUUAAAUACAGGUAUUACAAACCAGAUCACAUUGUGUCAGUUUGUUUAAAAAUACUGAAAUCCACAGGAUUAAACAGAAUCACAUUAAACAAGUCUUUAAAAAAAAUCUAUCCUCUUCAAGAAUGUAAAUCUCCCAAUCAUGUUCUGUUUUCAUGGCAUUUGUUCCCAAGUGUUCUUGACUCAAGAGAGGGUCCUUAUUUCUGCAUCAUUCAGAAAAAAAAAAAA